AUGUCGCACUCAGGACAAACCGAUCAAGCCCAAAGAUUCAACAAUGGAAGUGAGCUCAGCGAUCGUACACAAGCCAAAUGGGCUGCCGGGUCCCCGGAAAACAUUGCAGCUCACCUUCCUCCAAUGCUCGACUUAACUAUCGAGAAUAUCACGGAGAAUGUGAUGCAAAUCAACUCCAUGUGUGAUAAUCCACGCCUUAGAUACCUUAUCACAAAAUUGGUAAAAGCCUCACACGACUAUGUGCGAGAUGUGGGGCUGCAUUUCGAUGAGUGGCAGGAGGCCUGUGAGUUCUUAACUCGGGUUGGACAAAUAUCAACAGAUGUUCGACGUGAAUUUGUGCUGCUUUCCGAUAUACUUGGCAUAUCUGCCCUCGUUGAUGCCAUAUCAUACCCAGCAGUUCCAGACGCAACGGAGUCGUCUGUUUUGGGGCCAUUCCAUGACGAGGACGCCCACUCAUUUGGAUACGGUGAUUCUAUCACAGCCGAAGGAACUCCUGGAGAGCCAACUAUGGUGCGUGGAUUUGUCCGUGACACGGAUGGCAACCCCAUUCCCAAGGCAUUGAUCGAUGUGUGGGAAACCGAUGGCAACGGUGUGUAUGAUCUUGAGUAUGCAGGUAGUCAAGAUCCGAACUGUCGCGGGAAGGUGCUCACUGAUACGCGAGGCCACUUUCUGUUCAAAUGCGUGAAGCCCGUGGCCUAUCCUAUCUCAAACGACGGUCCGGUCGGAGAGCUUCUUCGUAAAUUGAAGAGGCACUGGUAUCGGCCUGCGCACAUGCAUUUCAUGGUUAUACACCCUGACUAUACUAAGUUAGUCACUGCCUUGUACUCGUGUGAUAGCGACUUUGUUGAGAGUGACACCGUUUUCGGUGUCAAGAAGAGCUUGAUUGUGGAAUACAAAUGGUCCGAAGAUCUUGAAUUGGCGAGGGAGCAUAAACUCGUGCCAAUAGUGAAAAAUAUUGGCAAUCGAGAGUCGACCGGAUUUUGGCUGCUGGAUCGCGACUUUGUGCUAGUGGAAAAGAGAGCCCCAAUUCCG